AUUUUAAUCUGAAUAUGAAAUAAGAUUUUAAUUUGAAGUUUAAACCUCUCUGAUAUUCAUCUUUUUGAAAAAAAACUAAAACCCUGUUCCUGGGCAGCUGCCGAUGAAGAGCAGUCAUCCAACCCUGUGAUUAUAGACCUCGACCGGCUGCUCAGGUGAAUGAAGAUGGAUUUAAAACAUAAAGGUAUAUCAUGGGUUGGAAACAUGUUCCAAAAGUUUGAAGCAGUUUGCCAGGAAGUGGAUAAUAUUAUAAAUCAGGAUAAGGUUAAAUAUGUUGAAAACCAGGUUAGUUCAGCAAGUGCAAAUGUGAAGAGAUUAUACUCUGAUGUUGUUCAAGGUUUGCUUCCACCUAUGGGGGAUCCCAUGAAAUAUGAAGCUAAAGAACCGGUUCAGAGGGGGCAUGUUCCAAUUAAUGCAUAUUUCAGGUCACUGUCACACAAUGAAGGAAAAGCUGCAAGUAAUGUUUUUAAUAAAUCAUCUGUGGGGCAUGAUAUUAGAACUAUUGAUCAAAUAGAUAACCGAAGUCAAGCAUCUUGUAUAGUUCCCUUUGUAAAUGAAGAAGUUGCUCAAGUUCCUAAUCAUUCUUCUCUAGAGUUGAAUGCUGAUUUACCUUUGGAAAAGAAUGAUGAUGUCUUGUUAGAUAAAGACUUAUAUGAGAACAUGAAAGAAAAUGCCGUUAGUGAACUACUUUCAGAGAAAAAUGAUGGCUCGUUGACUGAUAAGCUUACCCUCAUGGAGUCAGAUGCUAGUGAUCCUUUGAGUUGUUCAUUGAGCAAUGUAAGUACUGAAAUUAAUGAUACUAAUAAAAGAGCUUCUUCGGUUUGCGAUGGCUUUGAUAUGAAAUUGGAGGAUGAUGUACUUUUAGUAGGGAACGAUGAUGAGCUUUUAACAGAUAAAGAUGAAAGUAAGAGUUCUGAAGAGGAUAUCACCAUGAAGUUCAAUGCUAGUGAUCCUUUGAAGCAUAUGGCUAAUUGUACAUCUUGUGAAGUUAAAGUUACAAAUGAAGAACCAAUACUGAUUUUGGAUAAUUCUCAUUUACCGAUAGAAUCUUCCAGAUUCUUGUGGAAGAAUGACGGCGACUUAUCAAAUGAGAACUCAGAUGAGUUUCUAAAGAAGGUUGUCACCAUGGAACCUAACACUGCUGAUCAUUUGAAUGAAAACCAUCUUAGUCAUGUAUGGAGUGGGACAAACUUUGUAAGUAAAGAAGCUGAUGAUUCUAAUUUAUUUUUCGAGUCUGUGGUGCUUUCAGCCAGAAUUGGUCAUGCCAUGAUGGAUAAAGACUUCAAUAAGAGUCCUGUGAAGAAUGCUAUCUUUGAGGAUGAUCCUAACAGUUAUUUGUUAAAUCUGCCCAGGCAUGCAAAUGGAGUUAGCUUCACUGACGAAGAAGCUAUUAUGGUCUUUGAUAGAAACGAUCUGGAGUUGGAGACAGAGAUACUUACUAGAAAGAAUGAUGAUGCCUUGACGGUUAAAUACUCCAAUGAAAGUUUAAAAAAUGAUACCAUCUUGGAGUUGGAGCAUGAUGCAAAUUAUACUUUAAAGAACCGGCCAAGAUGCACAUCAAGCAGCAUGGAAUAUAAAAAUGAAGAAGUUUCUUCAGUUUCAAAUGGUUCUUUUCUAAAGUUGGAGAGUGAGGUUAUUUUUGGGAAGACUAGUAAAGCUUUAAUAGAUAAAGCAUCAGAUGCAAGUUGUAAAAAACAGGCCAAUUUAGAAUUAUCAACUGAGUUAACUUUGCAUUGUGGCGAAGAGUCAAUUAUGGAAACUUUGUGCAGUUAUGGUGAUGAAUGUGAAGGGGACAUUGUGACCUCAAAUGGAAAUCCACAGGAAACUUCGAUUCAUCGUGCAGAUGUUGAAUCCAUCCAUAAUGAAGAAGGAGCUUCCAGAAUCUUGGUAAACAACGAAGAAGCUAUCUUUGACGAUGGUCCUAACAGUUAUUUGUUAAAUCUGCCCAGGCAUGCAGAUGGAAUUAGUUUCACCAACAAAGAAGCUAUUAUGGUUUUUGAUAGAAACCAUCAGCAGUUGGCGACUGAGAUACUUGCUAGAAAGAAUGAUGAUGCCUUGACAGUUAAAUACCUCAAUGAAAGCUUAAAAAAUGAUACCAUCUUGGAGUUGGAGCAUUAUGCAAAUUAUCCUUUAAUGAACCGGCCAAGAUGCACAUCAAGCAGCAUAGAAUAUAAAAAUGAAGAAGUUUCUGCAGUUUCAAAUGGUUCUUUUCUAAAGUUGGAGAGUGAGGUUAUUUUUGGGAAGAAUAGUAAUGCUUUAAUAGAUAAAGCAUCAGAUGCAAGUUGUAAAGAACAGGCCAAUUUAGAAUUAUCAACUGAGUUAACUUUGCAUUGUGGCGAAGAGUCAAUUAAGGAAACUUUGUGCAGUUAUGGUAAUGAAAGUGAAGGGGAUAUUGUGACUUCAAAUGGAAAUCCACAGAAAACUUCGAUUCAUUGUGCAGAUGUUAAAUCCAUCCAUAAUGUAAAACAAGCUUCCGGCAUCGUGGUAAACAAUUCAGUUGGCUUAUCACCAAGGACGGAGACAACUUCAAAGUACUUGGAAAAUGGAGUUGACUAUUCCUCUAAUGCUGUAGAUGCUACUUCUUUAGUUUUGACUGGUGGGGAGACUGUGGAAGAGACAGAGCCAGUCUCCUCUUUGAAACCCCUAGCAAAGGUUUCUUUUUCUGCUUUCAGAAGUUUGGUCAGCAACCUUUCUAAUAACACUGUCAUUCAUGAAAAACCUGUUGAACAGAAUGCAUACAUUGAAUGUGAAUCUCGUCCAUCAUUCGAAGUGAUCGCUAGUCCAUCUUAUGGAAAUAAGGCUUCGAAGAUGAAAUUUGUCUCCUCUAAAAGCUCCUUAUCAUCAUUGGAACCAUUAGCUGAGAUUCAUGCUUCAAGAGCCAAUGAUGCUGCAUUUCUUCCUAAAUUCUAUACUCGUAGCCAGGGUGAGUUUUCCAAAUCUACUAGUUCUGGGAUUCCAAGUUUAUCUACUGAAGGAGGUUGUCCACAUGAUUCCAGUGACUAUUCUAAAAUGGAAACGGUGGAUUUGGGACAUAAAGUGACCCUUGAAGAUGAAAGUGACGUUGUUGACUAUAAAACUCUCCAUGCUGUCUCUCGCAGAACCCAAAAGCUCCGUUCUUACAAGAAGAGAAUCCAGGAUGCUUUUUCUUCCAAAAAGAGGUUGGCAAAGGAGUACGAACAAUUAGCAAUCUGGUAUGGAGAUACUGAUCUGGAAUUCAGUACAAACAAUUCACAGAAGUUGGAGAAGGAGAAUGCAUCAACUAGUUAUGUAUCUGACUCUGAGUGGGAGGUCCUGUAAAUAAGACUACUAAUUUGGUUUGUCUCUGCAAUCAGUAUUGUUUCCAGAUGGAGGCGAAUCCUCUAUGCUGGAGAUCAAGAGAAAGCGAGUAUGUAAAUACCUACUCAAGUCACUUUAUCUAUUGCAGUAAAUGACACCAGGCACAAGUAACCUUGGAAAUUCCAAAAUAAAUGAGUUGCAAUAAAUUUUGCACAUAAUGGCACUCUUUCUGGGCUGUGAACCUAUGAUGUUCUAAUUAAUUAAUUUAUUUAAAUAUACAUAUCCUUGGUAAAUAAAGCUGUCUUGUUUUUUUCUC